AUGAGCCACCUGUUUCUGACAGUGAUGAUGAUCCUCUGCUCGCUGCUGCACCGGGGCCAACCGCUCAGCAAGCGCACGGAGGUCCUGGCCGCGUUACGGCAGGCACGAACGAUCUGGAUGCGACGUAGUACGUCCUCCCGAGAGGCGAAGCGCGCGACGGAGAUCGCCAGCCUCACCCUUGCGCGUGCCGGGGACGGAAAAGGGAACGGGAGUCAUGCGGUCGAGGAGGAUGCGGUGGAUGGAGGCCAGCAGAACAUGGCGAUCCACGGCGCUUCCACCAUUACCAGCAGUGACUAUACGACCGGGUUGGGGGUGACAAACCGGUCGCAACCCGUGGAUUUUAAUGGAUGUCUCCAUACCCUGGCUGGCUUUGCACGACAGGCCCAUUGA